UUUGAUAUUUCUUAACUAAAUUCUUGAAUAAUUAGGAUUUUAAUAUGUUAAACAUUAGGGAUAAAGAAUAGUAAAAUGUAUUAAAGAAAAUGUUUAAUUAAUAAGUGCCCUCACUUGAGUAUCGUAAUUAAUAUUCUUAACAGCUUAUGAAGAUUAAUAUUUCUGAAUCGGUGACAUCAAAGAAUUUCGAGAAUCAGCGAUCUCACGAACUUAUUCAUACUUGGAAAAAUUUGAAGCUCUUUGAGCAGCAGCAACAGCAGAACGCGUUACAAAUCAAGCAGCUCUACUUAAUUUGUCAGUUGUUUUAUAGCUGGCAGGAACCACAACUACCGUGGUCAAUUCAAGAAAUUGUAUAUUUGAAGAAAUUGUAACCAGGCUCUGCUGAAGUUUGAAAAGCAUUUGACUUCCAAAAUGCAGCCAAAAGUCUCUUGCUAUCAACCCAGGAUUGAGAUUCAUCGAGCACUCGAACUCUUAAGUGAUUACCACGCAAGAUUAACAAAAAUACAAGAAAAGCAGUUAAUCAUCGAGAUCGAGAGAUUAAUACGCAUUUUUAAAAGUCGAUUCUUUCAAGCACUAAUUGAUAUUCAAGAAUUCUACGCGAUCUCCUUACUAGAUGGAAUAACAAAGGAAUGUGUCAAUUUUUCUGCAAGCCAUCCACAGGUGAGUGAAUCAGAGGACAUAACAGAAAGUGUCAAUAAUACAUCGGAACCAAGAACCCCGUAUAACGAAGAAGUUAAAGAUGUCUGGGAAAAAAAGCAAAUAACUCUUGCUAGAGGAAAAACAGGAUUCGGUUUUAGUAUAGCUGGUGGUACCGAUAGUCAACAUUUUCCUGAAGAUAACUUUAUAUAUGUUACGAAAAUUAUUCUUGGUGGUGCAGCAGCUUUUGAUGGCCAAUUACAAGUACACGAUAUAAUAGAGAAAGUGAAUGAGACGUCUCUUGUCAAUGUAACUCAUUUAACAGCAGCCAAUACUUUAAAACAAUCUCAUAAUAUUGUAAAAUUAAGUAUAAGGCGAAGAAAACAUUUGGCUCUUAAGAGUAAAAUAGAAUUAUCGAAAAAAAUGAACAGUUUUGGAUUUAGUAUUGCUGGAGGAAUAGGUAAUCAACACACACCAGGAGAUAAUGGCAUUUAUAUUACAAAAAUAAUGAAUGGAGGUGCUGCUGAGUUAGACGGUCGAUUGAAAGUUGGAUUUAAAGUAACAGCAAUCGAAAAUUUACAAGGAUACAGAGAUUUUGAAAAUGUUACUCACGAAGAAGCAGUUGAGGCCAUAAUGUCCACUAAGAAUGACAUCAUUUUGCACAUUCUAAGUCUAGAAGUAGAUCGACAACCAACAUUAAAGUGUUCAAAAAAUCAAUCUUCCUUGGAUGGUAUUUUUUACCAGCUUUUAUCCGAAGAUCAAACUUUUGAUGCUAGAAGUACAAGAAAUGAUCCUGCAACAAAGUGCCAGAGCUUAUACACUAUGCAGCCUUCAGAAAUAGUAAAACCAAUAGAAGCAAAGGUUGAUCUGGAUCAUAAGAUCUCCUCUCAGAAUACUCAGAGACCCAACGAGAGCGUGCCUACACCACAAUGGCCAUGUUCUGUCUAG